AUGAAUGAAGGCGAAUUAGAUAAAGCCUUUGCUUGCACAUACAUUCACUCAUCGUCAGGUACUCGUAAAAAGAAAUAUUCAACUGCUAAAUUCUUUGGUUUAAUGGAUAAAUCAGAUGAUUCAAUUCAAUAUGAAGCUACUACUUCCAUUGACAAAUAUCAAGCAAAGAGAAUAAAUGCAACUACAGCGUACCCAAUGAACAAAGAAAUCGUUGCUCCAAAAGGUGUUUCAAUUGCUGUUAAAGUUAUCAUUGCUAUAAUUGUUAUAUUGUUAAUAGCAGGUUUCAUUUGCCUUAUCUACUUCUUCAUCAUUCGUCCUAGAAAUAAGAAUAAUCAUUUUUCAGAUUCAGAGUCUUCUCAAAAGCGUGAUAGGAAUAUCCAGUAA